GCCGCGCCGCCGGUCCUCCCGGCGCGUUUCCCAUGCUGCACCGCGGCGCGGCGGCGCUCUGGCCGGGCUGUCGCUGUCACCGCCAGGAGGAGGCUGAGGGAAGGCGCCGCGCGCCCCGCUGGAGCAGGAAGGAGCAGCCGCCGCCAACUUCCCCUCGGCCUCCCCUCCCCCGCCGCCGCCGCCGCCUCCCCUCCCCCGCGCCCCGCCGCCUCCCCGCCAUGCCCGGGGCCGCGGCACGGGCCCUCUGAGCCGCCGCCGCCGCGCCCCGGCCCGGCCCGGCCCGGCACGGCCCGCCUUCUCUUCGCAGCUCUGCGGCCGGUUAUUGCACUUAAGAAUGAACAUUGAAGACAAGCUGGGAGGAUUAUUUCUUAAAUGUGGUGGCAUAGACCAGAUGCAGUCAUCCAGGGCUAUGGUAGGGAUGGGUGCAGUAUCUGACCAGACUGGAGUAUCGGGAGAACGGCAAGAGGCGGUGCUGCAAGAUCGGACUAUGGCACAUCAAGAAAUUCUUGCAACGGAUGAAGUGUUACAGGAAAGUGAACUUCGACAGCAAGAGAUGAUUUCACAUGAUGAACUCAUGGUCCAUGAGGAGACGGUAAAAAACGAUGAUGACAUGGAUACGCAAGAUAGACUUCCGCAAGGGCUGCAGUAUGCUGUUAAUGUCCCUAUCAGUGUAAAGCAAGAAAUUACCUUUACUGAUGCAUCUGAACAACAGAAACGAGACAAAAAACAAAUACGAGAGCCAGUAGAUUUGCAGAAAAAGAAGAAAAGAAAACAGCGUUCACCAGCAAAAAUCCUUACAAUAAAUGAGGAUGGAUCACUUGGUCUGAAAACCCACAAAUCUCAUGUUUGUGAGCAUUGCAAUGCUGCCUUUAGAACCAACUACCAUUUACAGAGACAUGUCUUCAUUCAUACAGGUGAAAAACCAUUUCAGUGCAGUCAGUGCGACAUGCGUUUCAUACAGAAGUACCUGCUACAGAGGCAUGAGAAGAUUCAUACUGGUGAAAAGCCAUUUCGAUGUGAUGAAUGUGGUAUGAGGUUUAUUCAGAAGUAUCACAUGGAAAGGCACAAAAGAACUCACAGUGGAGAGAAGCCUUAUCAGUGUGAAUAUUGUUUGCAGUAUUUCUCCAGGACGGAUCGUGUGCUGAAACAUAAACGUAUGUGCCAUGAGAACCGCGACAAGAAACCGAAUAGAAGUGCCACCAAAGUUGGCUUUUUGCCAUCGGAGGAAGACUCUGGUUUCUCUACGCCGAUGAAAGACAGCUCCUUGCCAAAGAAGAAGAGGCAGAAAUCAGAGAAAACAAAAUCUGGGGACAAGGAAGGUUCGGAUAAAUCAGACCAGAAGAAGGACAAAAACGACUAUUUACCUUUGUACUCUUCGAGUACUAAAGUAAAAGAUGAGUAUAUGGUAGCGGAAUAUGCUGUUGAGAUGCCACAUUCUUCGGUCAGUGGAACGCACUUGGAAGAAGCAAAUUCUGGAGAGAUACACCCACCCAAGCUCGUUCUCAAAAAAGUUAACAGCAAGAGGAGUCUGAAACAGCCACUUGAGCAAAGUCAAACCAUUUCACCUUUAUCUACAUAUGAAGACAACAAGGUUUCAAAGUAUGCCUUUGAUCUUGUGGAUAAGCAAAGUUUACUGGACUCUGAAGGUAAUGCCGACAUAGAUCAAGUUGACUCGUUACAGGAAGGGCCUAGUAAACCUGUGCACAGCAGCACUAAUUAUGAUGAUGCAAUGCAGUUUUUAAAGAAAAAGAGGUAUCUACAAGCAGCUAGUAAUAACAGUAGAGAAUAUGCCUUGAAUGUAAGUACCAUAGCAUCUCAACCUUCGGUAACACAGGCAGCUGUGGCCAGCGUCAUUGAUGAAACUGCUACAGCCUCAAUAUUAGACACACAGGCACUGAAUGUUGAAAUUAAAGGUAACCAUGACAAAAAUGUCAUUCCAGAUGAGGUACUGCAAACUCUGUUAGAUCAUUAUUCACACAAGGCUAAUGGACAACAUGAGAUAUCUUUCAGUGUGGCUGACACUGAGGUGACCUCCAGUAUAUCAAUCAAUUCUUCAGAAGUAUCCGAGGUCACCCCAUCUGAGACAGUUGGAACAAGCUCUCAAGCUUCCUCAUCAGAUAAAGCUAGCAUGUUACAGGAAUACUCAAAGUUUUUACAACAAGCUUUGGACAGAACUAGCCAAAAUGAUGCCUAUUUGAACAACCCGAGCCUUAAUUUUGUGACUGAUAACCAGACUCUUACAACCCAACCAGCAUUUCCUUCCAUGGAGAAGGUCUACACGUCUAUACCUGUCAACAGCUUUCGAUCGGGAAUGAACUCUCCGUUAAGAACAACUCCAGACAAGUCUCAUUUUGGACUAAUGGUCGGUGAUUCGCAGCACCCUUUUCCCUUUUCAGGGGAUGAGGCAAAUCAUUCUUCUUCCUCCUCUACACAGGACUUCUUGGAUCAAGUAACUUCUCAGAAGAAAGCAGAGGCACAGCCUGUUCAUCAAGCAUAUCAAAUUAGCUCCUUUGAGCAGCCCUUUAGAGCUCAGUACCAUGGGGCGAGAGCUGGAAUAUCAUCUCAGUUUAGCACUGCCAAUGGACAGGUGAACCUUCGGGGACCAGGGACAAGUGCUGAUUUCCCAGAAUUUCCCUUGGUGAAUGUAAAUGAUAGCAGAGCUGGGAUGACUUCUUCACCUGAUGCCACAACGGGCCAGACUUUUGGCUAAGAAAUCUUUGUAAAUAAUACUGGCACUUUAGAACACAUUUGUCAAAAGGGGGUUGCUCUGUGUAAGAUGGAGUUCUGUACAGCUUUUAAGAGCGCUAUGUUAAAACAAAAGUAAGCUGAUAUUAGCAAGACCAAUAACUGCUUCUUUUUAUUCUGGGGUUUGGUUUUGGUUCUUUUUUUUUGUUGUUGUUGCUUAGUCACCAGUCAUCGAGCUGCCUGAUGUUGGUGCCCCUGUCAAAGGCAGUUUAUUAUUCACUCGUUUGAAUCCAGAAAAGAUUUUACCUUCUAUGAAAUUUUAAAUAAACAGAAUCCCCAGGUAAGACUUUCCCCCACGAUGGUUUCCUUACUGGUUUCCUUGUAUGCUUUGGGAGGACAGCUUAUUGUCUGACACUAUUCAUAUUGUCAUUUCUACGCUUGUCAGCAUAGUCAUUGCUCUUCAGCAGGGAAUCAACGUGUACUGAACACACAGAAUAACCCAGUUAUUGAAUUGUCUUUGGAGGGGAAAAAAAAAGAAUUCUGAUAGGCUAACUCUACUAUUUAAAAGUCUAAUUAAUUUAAAGUACUUUAAACACUUUUUUAAGCAAAAUGCCUAACUGCUAAAGCCUUUACUUCGUUCCUGAAGUAAUGUGUAUUUCUUUGUACAGCUGAAUCUAGAUGUAACUUUUUAAUGACUUUUUCAUACGCAGAUAUCAGGAUUUUGAAGUUUUAGUUCAACUACUCUGUAGAUGACAUUCCCAAUCGCAUAAUGCUUACACAAACUGUGUAUCCUAAGAUUUAAAAGUUGAAUUGUACCUUCCCCUACAUACUCAUAAUGAUUAACGUAGAGCACUUAGUCAACUCCAUAGUUUUUGAUUUCUCAAAAAAUAAAGCCAUUUUUAGCUAUUUAGGUUUGAUACGGUUGCAUCAUUUUCAUCUCGUACAGCUCCAGUGAUUCUUUUCGUUAUACUUGAGAUUGGGUAUUCUUAGCUUCUGUAAAAACUGUUUUUAAUUCUCUUGUCUGGGCUUUUGACCAUUCAGAUCAUGAAAUUUAUUGAAGUAUCCCUGAAAGCUGAAGAAGUGGGCAUUCAAAUUCCCUAUUUUUUAGUGUUGGCUUAGCGAAAGUCACUACGAUGUUACCAACCACAACUGCUUCAUAAGACUAGUAAACAGGAUUUCUUUUUCCAGCAUAGGCAAGCGAUCAGAAGUUUUUGUUGCAUUUCACAGUAUAAAUAAACUACAAAGUUUAUCCCUCUACCAGGAAUAUGGGUUUUUUUGAAUAGUACUUUGUCUUGAAGUAUACAGUAUGGUACGAUAAGUAGUUCUGUGUGCAUUUUUAAGGUGGUAAGAUUUGAGUAGCAUAACUAUUGUGUAGUUUAAGUUAACAAGUUACAGGUUCUUGAACUGUAUGUUCAUUCUAUUGCACCUUCCCUAAAGGGACACUGUCUGGUAGUUUAAGGCAGUUUAAGCCUAAUGUAGGCUGAUUAACCAGGGAAAAACACACACACACGUGUAUAUAUAUAUAUAUGUAUAGCUAUGUAUGUAUAUGGUGGGGUUUUUUAAAUAGGAUUGCAUACUUCCUUUUACAGCACUAUUGCUAGCUGGUAGCUCUCAGAUGGAGCCAUCAGCUAGGAGAAAAGACUGCAUCUCACAAGGCUAAAAUAUAUCCUGUCUUUUAAGAAAGGACGUGAGCAGGACAUAAAACAGUUCCCACCUUUUCCCAAAGCAGCAGCAAUAUUUUUCUUACUUUUCAUUCCCAGGAAACUGAUCCCACUCGGUUUGUUUUCUGAGAAAAAGAGACCAGUCAGAGGGGUUGGACUGGGUGAUCGCUAAAGGUCCCUUCCAACCUCUACCAUUCUGUGACUAUGAUGAUUCUUUCCCCUGUGGUAGCGCUAUUAUAGCACGUGGUACCGUUGAGGGAGAAAGUGCAUUUAUCCUCCAUAGCUUGCUUCUUUAUAUUGACAAGACAUAUAAACUUCUUUCUUAAUACUUUUGUAUAACAAAAAAGAUUCUGUUUUGAUUCAUUGAACCUGUGUAUAAUAUAGGAAGGUGUUUCAGCAUGCUGUGACUUAGCAGUAAUUUUGUCUAAGCAUUUGGCCCUGACUAUAAAAGAAUGAGAAUCAAAGGAGAUAAGUCAUUUCCUUAUGGGUUGUUAACGAUACAUGUAAAUUAAUUUCUUCAAAAGAAUAUCUUUUAACUGACUCAUGUCUGUCUCUCUUUUUCUUCCUUGAUGGUCAGUUUGUUUUUUUGACUUCCCAUUCUAUGUUGCACAGACAUAACACAUACAGCCCCUAUCCCAGGAGCGCGUGUUCCAUUUUCAGUGCUUCAUUUCCAUGACUGAAUCAUACUGUGUUGCCAUCUCCUAAUGUCCUGCUUUUGCAAGUAGGUGGCCAUCAAUAGUACUAUUUGUUAAAUACAACAAGCAGCAAGAGCAAAAUUAAAAGAGAAAGUCAGGCUAGAUUGUUACUGCACUUGCUUGGCCCUGUGGAGGGUAAGAGGAAUAAAGCCUCUUUCUCCCUAAGAAGAUUGACCCAGCUUUACCUUUAAAAGUAGUUACUGCAUUGAUACUCUGCUGUGAGAAGGUGAUUGAGGAGUAGGAGGGAGUAGCUCUCACUCCACACCAUCUUUCCACAUAGGAAUGGCUGCCAGGGUGUGUGAGGAAGCAAGCUGUUGUACAGAGUGGAGGCACUUGCUCUUCCCUGGAGCAAAAUGGAAAUGGUCUGAGGAGCUGCUACUCAUUCCCAAACCCUUUCAGCUGUACUCUGUGCCUUAGGACAGGUUGUGAAGUCAGGCCUGCAGGGACUCUCAUAUAGGGUUCUUCCACGUAUACAAUUAAAGUGGUGGUGUGAGCAGUUGAUCAGGUGAUGGUUGAAGCUUUCUGUACUGGAGGAGUUACCCAGAUACACUGCUACAAUUUCCUGAGUCCAUGCCGUUCUGUUCUGGCCUAAGUGUGUACGUAGUUCUGGGAGCUUUAACUAUGUAAAAAGCUCUCGCUUGUUUAAUGAUUACAUUAUUUAAUAACAUUUUCCACUGCUCAUGUUUUGCUGCUUUUAAUCUUCUACAGAUGCACAGUUCAUUUUUGUUCAUUUUCUGGGUACGUCUGGAAAAAAUUGACUUUGGUUUUCUGUUCUGUGCCUGGACUGAUAGUGUUCAGUCAGUCAGCCCAAGGCUGGGGUGAGCAUUUCUGUUCCAACAGCCGUUCUUACUUAAAGGUCCUGCAAGCACCAAAUGUGUGUGUGUGUAAGGUAAAAUGUUUUUGGGGAUAUCUCCUAGUGACAGAGCAGUCAUGAUUUUAAAAACAGAGGAAAUUGAUGAUAUUUAUUACCAAAUUUUUUAUAUAUAUAUAUAUACACACACAUAUUAAUAGGCCAUAUUUUGGUCCUAAAUUACUUGACAGUGUCCCUUUUAGCAUGAAUCCUUUGAUAUGUUUUGCCAUUAAUAUAACAGACAAUGAAGGAAUCAGUUUGUAAUGGUAUACUAAUAGGCAUAUACACUUUCUUCAUUUGAUUUGAGAAUGAAUUAAUCAUAAAUUACAAGGUUUGGGGAGAAGGAUUAACCGUGUGUAUUUACUGUAUCUUGGUUUACAAACAACAACAUAAACAAUUUAAGUUGGAUGAUAAAAGAACCAUGUUUAUGAUCUUGUGUCUCCUAGUGUUGUCUUUAGGAAAAUGGUGUUACGAGAAGAAAAUAGGACAAGAAAGUAUUCACGUGAAAUAACGCUUGUGUUAUUUUUCUGUUGUACUUGUCAGUUUGUUUGGACGACGGGAGCUUUUCAUUGUUUAAUUGAGAAGUACAGUAAAAUCUUGCUAAUUCGCUGACCGCUAAUCAGAGCAUCUGAUAGGUUUACACGUGCCCCCUGGUCUCUUCCCCACCUCUCUGCAAUGGUCUAAAAAAGUACUGUAGCGAGGUCUCCUAUUAGUAAUACUGUAUUACUUCACCCAAGUAUACUCCAGAAUCUCUAUGAGUAUACUGAGAGGUACAAGAAGUAUUGAAAACUAAAUUUACAGUUGUCAAAAUAAAUGAACAAAGUACCUUUUGUGACGUGACAUCCUUGCUUUUAUUGCCUGCUUCUUCACUAUUCUCAAAAUUGUCAUUUGCAAAGGGUUUCAGAGGCAUUGCUGCGAAUUAUUGGGGUUCUACUGUAACUUUUGGAGUUUAUUCUCAACUAUUCAUGUUCUCCAAUGAAAACUUUCCACUUGAACAGAUCUGUUAUAUCCCGUGCUUGUUCAGAAUAUUUUUAUAGUCUUUGUAACAUAUGUAGUAACAGUUUGAAAUGAACCAGAAUAUUUGGAUGGAUGCACUCUGGAUUUUGCAGCAUUGGAUUUCUUUAUGUAUGUAUAACUGCUAACUAAAUUUUCUUGGGGUUUUUUUGAGAGCUUUGAUUUUCUUUUUCUUCUUCGUUUGCUUGUUUUAAUACCAUUGCAAAGGAAAAUCCUAACGCUCCUGGGAAUCCGUUUGGGAAUUUUAACGGGCAGAAAUACGCUUUAUGCAGUCGGUACCAGUGCACAUGUGAACUUUCAAAGUACACGGUUGGUACUGAAGCAAAUGAAUAAUGUUACAGUUUCCUGGUGUUAAAAGUUUUACUAAAGUGAAGCCUUGUAACUUUGAAAGUUCAUUCAGCGUAACGGUGAUGCAUGUUUAUGCUAGGCAUGUAAUGCAUUCAGUUAAAACUCACUCUGCAAAGGACAAGUACUCGGGAAGUAUUGCUGCAAAUGACAAGAAAUGUCUCUGAGUUAAAAUUUAAACUUUUGUUCAGUUUUCAAUUGCUUUGUGUCAGGGAAAGAAAUUUCUAGUCCCUUUUGCUCUACUUGGCAUAUAAAACCUAACGUUUCCUGUUUAAAAUGACAUCUUUCGGUAGGAAACACAAACUGAGGCAAGCAAACAUUUCUAAGAGCUGUUUCUUGCUUUCCUUAAUCCAAUGGAUGGAAAGGUAAUAUUGUGUAAACAACAUUAUUUUAUUUUUUUAUGCAAUAUCAUGCUGUAAAUAUGAUUUAUCAAAUAAGGAUGUACCUAUGAUUGAAUCUUUGAUUCUGCACAGCUAGAGUUUAUAUAUAAAUAUAAAUGUGUCUUGACAAUCAAGGACUUAUGUCAGUCUUCCUUUAUGACGUUUCUUAUUGUUAUGCAUUCCAUUUGUUCGACUUGAGUAUUUGUAUUGUCUGUAAAGUAUGUAAUGUUUUUAUAGCUUGUUUAAAAAAACAAAACAAAAACAAAACACACAAAUGAAAAAGCCUGUAAAUACCUACGAACUGAUCAGAGUACCGCUCUGUUAGGAGGCAAACCAUGAUGUACUGUUUGUAAGCAAUAAUACAUGACAGUGCUAACUUUACGAGUAGCAUAAGGAUAAGUUCCAAAAAUACCUUUGGGAGUCAAUAGCCUUGUUUGAGUUAAUGACUAUUCUUAAGCAUUUUUUUAUAAAUAAAUUCAAUGUCCUCCUGCUGGAGUAUAUACCAUUGUUUACACAGCACAAUUUCAGUCUCAGAGGGGACAACCUUUAGAUCUAUGGCUUCAUCAGUACACACUUUUGAGUGAGAAAGGAAUGGCUUGGCUGCACUUCUGCGAGAGGAGGAAGACUGCAAAAGUCGAAUAGCUGUGUCUCUCAAGGAUGAGAGAUACUAUUCUGCUUCUGUGCUGAUUCCUGACAGUUCCAUCUACUUAAAUUUGGAGUCUUUUAGUCCUGACGUUGAACUGAUGAGACUUGGUCCUCCAGUAGAAAAGAGUAGUUCUCUUCUUAUUUCAUAUGCAGAUAAACAGUGAACUUACAAGUCACUUCUUCAUUGGAGUUGUGUAUUUUUCCAAUGCCGAGCUAUGAGAUGAUGAGAUGGGUUUAUUGCGAUAAAUAAACUAAAUGUCAAACUUAUAGUUUGAAUUGAAUAGGUAUUAGACUGUACAGAGCAGCAUAACUAUUUGAACAGUCAUCACUGCUUUAGAACCCCCCCCUCCCAAUUUAUAAAUGUAUAUGACCUACAUUUUAUAGAAAGGAAAAAAAAAGUUUUUAAAUGCUAGUCAUUUAUAUAAUAUGUGCUUUGAAGGAUUUGCUAGUCCACUUCUGUCACUUUUAGUACACUGGUAUCUUUUAUAUGUAAUGUAUGCUUUUUAUUAUUAUUAUUGUAGUAAAGCAUUUCAGUAGGAGGAAUUUUGCAACAGUAUGAGGAGUUGAAAUUUUCAUUGUCAGAAAUGAAUUAUACUGGACUUUGUCUGUGUAGUCUUGUCUUUCUUUUAAUGCUGUCUGGAAGGGAACUUGGUAUUCAAUAAAGCAAGUGACCUCCUUUUAUUUUGAAGGCAUACUAUGUAUUGCUGAAUUGGAUCUGGAAAUAUGAAUUGGAAGACAGACAAAUUAGCACAAAAUCUAGCGUACAGAAGAAAUUGUGUUAUGAAAAAAUCUGAUGAGGUCUAUAGUGGCACACUGUUACAGUGCAUUUCUGAUAUAGUGUUAUUUCCUGAAGUCCAAAUGCCUUCUGUGUACUUCAAUUAAUACACAAAAAACCCCAAAACAAACAAAAAAAAAUCCACAUAGAUGAUUUUAGGAUAAAUAGGUUUAUUUCAAUACUUAGACAAUAUUUCUUUAUCCUACAAUAUCUAUUCCGUCCCUUUAUUAGCAGACAAAAGACCGUAACCUGAAUUCCAUCAGUAAGAGUAUGUAUAUAUGAGAGAUGCGUUUGUAGGAACCUGAAAAGUGAUUUGUGUAUUCCUUAUGUUUCUGACAGAAAUCAGUAUGUGAGUCUUUAUUCCUGUGAAAUGAGGAAAUGCCUGAUACUGAGAGAGUGAGUGAGUGAGUGUAUGUGCGUGUGUACAUGAAAGAUGUUUGAGUCUCAUGGCAAAAAUGAUACAAGUAUAAAAGGAUUUAAUGUAGCUCAAGUGACAUGUUUAAUAUGUAAAAGAAACGUUUAAAUUUCAUAAUUCAAAAAAGACAAAAAUAGUUUUGCAGGGAACAAAACUAUUUGGAUAGCAGGCUUGACCAAAUGAAUUUUUUUUUGGUUAAACUUGAUAUAUUUUAAAUGAUUCUAUUUCUGCCUUUAUUUCUGCCCUAAAAGCAACUUUAAAAUAUUUUGGGAGUUACUCUUCCUGUUCAUUUGACUGUGAGUGUAAUUUAUAUCAUGGUUUACAAAAUGUGGCAUGAAGGAUUGGAUUGUUUUAUCUGUAUAAUACAACGAAAGAUUGCUCUUUUUUUUUUUUUACAUAAUCAUGGUAAAUGGUAUUGUAUUCUUAGGGUUGAUUUCAUCAUUAAGUGACUUAAUGAGUUUCAUCACUUUUGACAUUGUUUUCUUAUGGUUAACUUAGUCUUUUGGGGUUUAUAAUACCCUCCUAUGUAUUGUGAUACU